AUAGAGCAGAAACAUGCUUUCGGCCCAUUAAUAAGUUAUAAUGGCCCAGUAAGAUGGAGAUUGUCAGCCCCAGGCCCAAAAGCCCUUAAACCCUAGAACGAAACCUCCACAGUCGUCCACGGUAGCUCCUCCUCCACGCGAACACAACCACUAGAUCACCUCGCCGCCUCCGCCGCCGCCGAGGACGACGGCGACGAUGUGGCGUUCGCGAGCUCGUGCUCUUCUCCUUCUCCGCUCCUCCAUUCCCAGGUCGCCUCCGCCGCAUCCACCACAACAUCCCACUCCAACCCUGGCCCGAGCCCUACCUCCGCGCCUUCUCUCCCGCUUCCUGUCCUCCUCUCCGGAUCCCAUUCCCGAUGCCACUUCCUCCUCCGCAGAUCCCUUCCCCGAAGCCUCCUCCUCCUCGACCGCCGCUGCCCUAGAUGGUGACACUGAGGCCGGGGAAGACAACUUGAGCUCGAUGUGGGAAGAUGAUGGGGACGCCGACGACAUCUUCGCAUCCCCCGGCGGUGCCGACGCCAUAGACGACGACGAAGAGGUCGCGCGCGUUCGCGCCGCCGUGGAGGCCACCCCAGAGGACAAGAUCGCCUCCACCCUCGCCGACAUGGUCGUGGACUUCAACGAGCCGCUCCUCGCCGCUGUCCUCCUUGCUGCCGAGCAAUGUUCCUGUAAGAAGCUGAUUUCCCUGUUCAACUAUGCAGCGAAGAACAACCCAGCGGCCAAGAGCCUCUCGAAUCUUGAGAUCCUCGUGAGCAAGGUAGCUGAUUCUGAUGAGAUUGACAAGAUGGACGCGUACUUGCUUUGGGAUUCUGUUAAGGAAAUUGGCUCUGUGCCAGGAUCAGUGGGCACACCGUUGUUGAAUGAAAUGAUCGCAAUAUUUUGGAAGCUUGAGAAGUCGAAGGCAGCUCUGGAGGUGUUUGCCAAGUUCGAUGAGUUUGGUUGUACUCCGGACAGUAACAGCUAUCAUCUGGUGAUUGAAGCGGCACGAAAGAAGUCAAUGUUCCGCUCUGCUUGUGAAAUUUGUGAGAAGAUGAUUGGCUCUGGCUGCUUCCCUAACGGUGAGAAAGUAGGCAGAAUUGUGACUUUCCUUUGCGAGGGGAAGAAGGUGAAGGUGGCACAUUCGUUGUACCUAGCAGCGAAGGAGAAGAGGAUUCAGAUCCCAAAAUCAGCCUUGGAUUUCCUUGUCAGUGCUUUGGCGAGGAACGAUGAGACCAUUGGUACUGCUCUGGAGCUGCUGGAAGAGUACCAAGGGGAGUCGCUUAAGCAUGCAGGCAAGUCCUUUGCCACGGUUAUACAUGCUUUGCGUAGGACAAACAAAGUGGAGGAUGCAAAUAAUUUGUUGAUGAGGAUGGUGCAGCUUGAAGAGUACCAAGGGGAAUCUCUUAAGAAUGCAGGCAAGACAUUUACCACAGUUAUACAUGGUUUGUGUAAGAAAAAGAAACUGGAGGAUGCAAAGACAUUGUUGACGAGGAUGGUAGAUCUUGGCCCAGCUCCUGGUAAAGCAGUGUUUAAUUUUGUCAUCACAGCAUUGUCGAAACAGGGAGAAAUGGAGGAUGCAAAAGGUUUGAUGAGAUUGAUGGAGAGCGAAGGGGUCAGUCCUGAUAUCUAUACUUACUGUGUGCUAAUGAGUGGCUAUGCGAAAGGAGGCAUGAUUGAUGAAGCCCAUGCUCUACUUCGGGAAGCUAAAACGAUUCACCCAAAAUUAAACAGGGUCUGUUAUCACAUUCUUAUCCGUGGAUACUGCAAGAUGGAGGAGUUUGAGAAAGCCAUUGAUUGUGUAAAGGAGAUGAGGAAAGAUGGGUUGCUGCCAAAUGUGGAUGAGUAUGACAAACUGAUUCAGUCAUUGUGUCUCAAGGCUCUGGACUGGAGAAGAGCUGAGAAACUCCUGGAGGAAAUGGAGGAUAGUGGUUUGUGCCUUAAGGGUAUAACUCGCAGUCUCAUAGCUGCAGUCAAGGAGUUGGAAGCGGAGGAAAUGCAGUCAAAGGCAAGCAAGGAAGCAUAGUUUUUUCUAGAAUACACUUGGGGCGAUACAGCUGCUAACUAAUUUUUGGGCAGCUAUUAGUUUUUUGAGCUUUGCAUCUCUGAAAUUGUGGCUUCCCUGGUAGCAUUGCUCUGAAAAGUUGGUAUGAAUAUUUAUGAAAAGAUCACUGCAUGAUGUAAUGGAUUUUAUGAAGUUCAUAUUACUGCACUUUAUAAGUUAUAUCUGUAGUUAAGCAUAGCUGCUGUUCUGUCAUCGUUUCCUCUACGAAUCAUUGCAUUUGUGUUUUUUUUUUUCAUUUUUGCAUUUCAUGUCUGGACUAAUUUAUCGCAUACUACCUAUUGGAUUCUUACUCUUACCUGCUACAUUGCACAACAUACUGUUGCGCUCUAAUCAUCUGUCACUACACAUUGUUUAUUGAUUUUGCACACUGUGUUCAUUUGUGCAAGGUAGCUUUUCGGUUGUGACAUUUUUGUUUACGAGAGUACUGAAACUAAAAAGAUUAGGAGGGAUCAUUUUAGUUAUCUCCUUGGGCAUUUCCGAUCUGCAGUUUUUUUCUGUGAGAUCUGCCAUCUUUAAGUCAGAUAAUUGUUAAUUGGUUUCUUCGUACAAUUUAAAUGUUGUCCAUCGUAGCUAUGACACUAGCCCAUUUUUUUUUCUGUCAUUGAUGUCAAUUUUCAGAAGAUCACGUGAUCCAUGCUGAUAAUUUUAAAGUCACUUGUCAGAAUCAAAUUUGGCAGAUGGCAUGCCAUAUUUUGAAUUAUUAUCAGGUCAUUCUGUCCUUAUCUGUACCCUAUGAAAAUAAUUUGCUGAUGUUGCUGCUGCUGUCUGAUAUCUCCAAGACUUUUAAGCAUCCCCACUGGUGGAAGCAAGCAGUCACAGAAAGAUGUGAUAAUGCAUUCAAUUUGCUUUGCACAAAAAAAAAUAACAAAACGAAUCACGGAUUGAUCUCGACACAGUUGGUGGCGUCCUAUUCUAGGUAGAUAAGGUGGAGUUGUAUUAUUGGAUUAAACACUGACCGCACAUGGUGGUGAUCAUAACCUGGUCCUUGCACAUGCAAGUGCUAUAUUUCUAUGUUCUAUUUGGUAUUGGUGCAUAUCGCUUAUUCUGUUCAUGUGAUUUUAGCACUAGCAGAAGUAUCUUCGGGAUAGGGUUGUCUUUAUGCUUUUGUCUUGCCAAGUGACAGCUGGAGGUUUGCUCGAGUUUCUUUGGUUGAGGCUGUCCCGUCCUUCCACUGUUUUAAAAUGGGCAUGGCAUCACAAAUGGACGGUGACAAGUUGUAUGCUCAUUUUUAAGUCCAACUUUGAGCUAGUGCUCUCA